AGCACCGCCAGUGUGUCUGUGUGUGCAUGUGCGCGCGUGUGUGUGUGUGUGUGUGCGUGCGUCUGAGUGUGUGCGAGUGUAGGUGUCCUGCUCCCCUGGAUUAUACAGUGCUGAUGACAGUCGCUGAUUUUGUGUUCGGCCAUUGGGAUUUGCACCGCAGUUCGUCUUAACGCGCAAGGUUGGCCGCAGCGGAGCAGCGCCUCCACCAUGGAGCCGCAGUGGAGGUUCUGGACGGCGGCCUUGGCCGCGCUCGCCACCCUGGUCGCCGUCAUCCUCGCCCAAAUGGAGGACGACAUGAUGACCAGCGGCCCCGUCGAGUACCCGACCUACCACGAAGUGCCUCGCGGACUCAGCUUCAAGUGCAGGGACCGAGGGCCUGGGUACUACGCGGACCCGGAGACGCAGUGCCAGGUGUGGCACUGGUGCUUGCCCUCGGGGCAGCUCUUCAGCUUCCUGUGCCCCAACGGCACCGUCUUCAACCAGGCCGUGCGGGUGUGCGACUGGUGGUUCAACGUGGACUGCCCGCACAGCCCGGACCUCUACUCCAUCAACAACGACCUCUACAAGGACAAGGAUGGCAACUACAUCUAGAGCAAACCCAAGACUCGAAAUCAUGUUUUUCAUUAGGAAGUUUCAUUGAAAAAACAAAGGCUCCCUCCGGAAUGAUUGAUUCCCUGAAAGUGGAUCAACUGCUCACUCUUAUUUUUUGUGUAUUAUGGAGCAGGUAAAAAAUGUAAUAAUUGACAGAAUUC